AUGCUUGCAAAGGCAAUUGCAAAUGAAUCCGGAGCAAGUUUCAUAAGCAUCUCAGUGUCCUCCAUCAUUUCAAAAUGGUAUGGAGGAGCUGAAAAGAAUGUCCGAGCUUUGUUUACAGUGGCAGCAAAGGUUGCCCCAACUAUUAUUUUUAUUGAUGAGGUUGAUAGCAUACUUGGGCAACGGACUAGAGCUGGACAGAAUGAGACAAUGAGAAGUAUUAAAAAUGAAUUCAUGAUCCACUGGGAUGGGUUAUUGACAAAACCUGGUGAGCAAAUUUUGGUUCUUGCUGCAACCAACAGGCCAUUUGAUCUUGAUGAAGCAAUUAUAAGGCGGUUUGAGCAUAGGAUCAUGGUUGGUCUUCCAUCUACUGAAAACAGGGAAAUGAUAUUGAAAACUCUCCUGGCUAAGGAAAAACAUGAAAAUAUAGACUUCAAAGAGCUUUCAACCAUGACACAAGGAUAUAGUGGAAGUGAUCUUAAGGUUCAUUUUCCUGGUUACUCUGAAUUUGUGCUCGACUGCUGCUUAUCGACCAGUUGGGAGCUAAUACAGCAGGAGAGGUUGAAGGAAAUGGAAAAAAAGAAAAUGGAGGCAGAAGUUCAAAGCUCAGAAGAUGCUUCCAAUGCUACAGAAGGUAACGAAGACCAUGUAAUUAUCUUGAGGCCUAUAAACAUGGAAGACAUGACACAGGCAACGAGUCAGGUGGCUACAAGUUUUGAUGUAGAAGGCUCAAUAAUGAAGGAACUGAAACAGUGGAAUGAUUUAUAUGGAAAAGGAGGUUCAAGGAAGAAACAAUACCUAACCUAUUUCCGUUAA